UUGAGAAGUAUAUUUUGACUAGUACUAUUGCAUAAAAUUAAAAAUAAUGGGUUCAUUGGGUGUUAUAAUUGUUAUAAUUGUUGCCAUUGUCCCUCUAAUAAGUUGCAGUAGUUUUGAGCCACAAUGUUCGAAGUUUCAUUAUGAGGAAAAACUGUUAGAAAAAAUGAUUAGACAGGAAAUUUCUGUUGACGCUAUGAGGAAAGAAAUAGAAACUUCUCGGAAUCAAGUAGAGACCUCUCUUAAUACUUUACAGAACGAGAGAAUUAUCUGGGAGAAGAGUUUACAAGCAAAAUCCGACAAAAGUGCUACUGAUCUGGCUGCUGUCAUCCAACAAACGAAAACUAAGGUUCAGGAGGAAAUGACGAAACUUGAAAACGAAAAAACUAAAUGGAAUUCUGAAUUGAAAGAUUUUGUAAGAAUACCAGAGCUUGUAUUAUUUUCUGCACGGAAUCCGAAAGACACUGAAUUAACAUCGGGACUUAUCAUGGUCUUCACAGAGGUCUUAUUGAACGAAGGCGGUGCUUACAACAAAGAAAAUGGUGUUUUUACAGUUCCUUACGCUGGUGUUUAUACAUUUAGCGUGCAGUUGUGUGUUUACCCUGGAAAAUACGUCGAUUUUGCGUUUAUGGCCAAUGAUAAGCCAUUUAAACAAGUGCGUAUAAACAGACAUAGCACAAGUUAUUUUUCAUGUUACAACUAUGAUGCUGUGACAAUUGUUCGUAAAAACGAUCAAGUAAUAAUAAAGGUUACGAGAUGCAGCUCUGGACAAAUUUUAAACGAAAACGUUGGUCAUCACUGGAACAUGUUUUCCGGACGUCUACUUUAUACAAAUUAAGAUUUGUUGCAUAAUGUAUAAAAUGUUAAGUGUUACAUUUUAUUUAAUUAUGGUUUAGACUGAUAUCAAGAACAUGUAUUAAAUAAGAUGUUUUAUUUCUCUGUACAGUGUGUUAAAAUUAAAGGUAGUCUAAUAUUUUGUAUUGUAUUGAAACAAUACACACUUCAUAUUUAUUAAAAUGUAUAUGAUUGUAUCAAAGAUAUGUUCUUCCGGUACUUAAUUCUCAAUAUAGACUGUAGAAAGCUAUUUCAAUAUUUUAACAUAGUAUCAUAUAUGUCAUAAUAAUAAACAAGAAGUAUUGUUCCAAAAGAUACUUGGCCGAGGUAAAUCUGCUUUACUUGCAAAACUUAUUUCAGAUAUUUGUAUUCAUGAAGAAAAGUUAGCAGUGUCUGUUAAAUGAUAUAAUAAUGACAAUUAUUACAUGUACAAAUUCAAGAUUGUGAUUGCAUACAUUAAUGCAAUGCUCUCAGUAGUGUAAGUCAAACAUACAGUACUACGAGUUGAUAUAUUGUGCUAUUUUAUGUAAGGGCAAUAGACGUAGAAACAAUAUUUCGACCCAAAACAAAAAGUAACCAAGAAUCUGACUUUUGAUGUUGAAAUAUUUCGACUAUCUGUAGGUUCUGAAUCACACAACAAUUACUCGUCAAAAGUUUCUAUCAGACAAAUCAGUUUUUCAUGGAUGCAUGUGACUCAAUGAUCAUAUGCUUUUGCUUGCUAUAUUUUUACAUAACGUAAUGUUUUACUUUUGAAAUUAAUAUAUAACUGAUGAGACGUAAGCAUUUCUGAUUAGUCGAAAUGCUUCUGCAUACAAUAGCAACAUAUCGGCUAUUUACAUCUGUCACCGGAUAAGCUCUAAUAAGGAAUAAUCGGCGAGGUGUUCCGAAGUUAAAGGAGCAGCACAAUUUCGGUACACGGUUCACUCGGUCAUAUAAUAGGCUAGUGCGUGGUGAUAUGUUUGUUAAAAUUCACUGAGAAGAGACGCUAUUAAACGUCACCUAGAAGUCCAAAGCAUUCAGAAUAUACAAUGGGUGCGUUAAUAGUAGAAAGUUUUAAGUUCAGUUUAAUUGUUAUUAAAGUAACUAGAAGUUGACGACAUAAAACGGUAUAUUUGUGAUCAUUGAUCAAACGAAGCAAAGUUUAAUAGCAAAAUGGCAAAAUCAUAGAUAUUAUCCUUCAUCAUAUAUUUUAUUUAAAGUAUAAUACUUGCAAAAAUAUAUUUGAAAAUUAUAAACUUUGUU